GAUGACAUAGCAGCUUCAGAGAACAGCGUGACUAGGGCUUUUUUUUUUUUUUUUUUUCUCUUGUAACAGAGAGGAUCUGGCAGACUUUUACCUCCUGACACUGUUUACAGCAUAUAUUGGUCGAUACAGUCCCUUAUUGCAUCUGCUCUGGGAAUUAAGGAAAGCAGCUUCAAGGCAGUAAGGGACAAGACACAUUGGAAACAUGACUUUAAACUCCCUAGCCGUCUUUCUGUUAUUGAUUAGUGGCAUUUUUUGCCAAUAUGACUAUGGUCCUGCAGAUGAUUACGGUUAUGAUCCUUUUGGGCCAUCCUCAGCAGUCUGUGCCCCAGAAUGUAAUUGUCCUUUGAGCUACCCUACUGCCAUGUAUUGUGACAAUCUUAAACUGAAAACCAUUCCGAUUGUACCAAGUGGAAUAAAAUACCUUUAUCUUCGAAACAAUAUGAUUGAGGGCAUUGAAGAGAACACGUUUGAUAAUGUAACAGACCUCCAGUGGCUGAUCCUAGAUCACAACCAUUUGGAAAAUUCAAAAAUUAAGGGAAGAGUCUUCUCUAAACUAAAGCAUCUGAAGAAACUUCACAUUAACUACAACAAUUUGACUGAAGCUGUUGGACCACUCCCCAAAACUCUGGAUGACCUGCAAUUAAGUCACAACAAGAUCACAAAAGUCAAUCCCAGUGCACUUGAGGGGCUGGUGAAUCUGACUGUCAUUCACCUCCAGAACAACCAGCUGAAAGCAGAUUCUAUUUCUGGGGCUUUUAAAGGCCUGAAUUCACUUUUGUAUCUUGACUUAAGCUUCAAUCGACUUACAAAGCUCCCGUCAGGACUGCCUCACUCUUUACUCAUGCUGUAUUUUGAUAAUAACCAAAUCUCCAAUGUUCCCGAUGAGUACUUCCAAGGUUUUAAAGCCCUGCAAUAUUUACGUUUAUCCCACAAUAAAUUAACAGAUUCUGGAAUACCAGGCAAUGUCUUCAAUAUCACAUCUCUGGUUGAGUUGGAUCUCUCCUUCAAUCAACUGAAGAGCAUUCCAACCGUCAGUGAGAAUCUCGAAAACUUCUACCUCCAAGUCAACAAAAUUAACAAGUUCCCAUUGAGCAGCUUCUGUAAAGUUGUUGGGCCAAUGACCUAUUCCAAGAUCACACAUUUGCGCCUGGAUGGAAACAACCUUACUCGGGCUGACCUGCCACAGGAGAUGUACAACUGCCUUCGAGUGGCUGCUGAAAUUUCACUGGACUAUUACAGUCUAACAACAGUGACCAAUAGAAAGAGAAGAAGAUCCAAGAAAGCUGAGACAAUGACUCUAAACAUCUGUACAAGCCUUUUGCUCUUAUUCUUGGGUAAUUCUGUGUGGACUCGAACUGUGAGACAAGUUUAUGAUGAUCUGGAUCCUGAGCAUUGGUCUCACUACACUUCUGAGUGUCCACGAGAGUGCUUUUGUCCUCCUAGUUUCCCCAAUGCAUUAUACUGUGAUAACAAAGGACUUAAAGACAUACCUGCAAUCCCAGCAAGAAUUUGGUACCUUUAUCUUCAAAACAAUCUAAUUGAAACCAUUUCAGAGAAGCCUUUUGUGAAUGCCACUCAUCUGAGAUGGAUAAAUCUGAACAAGAAUAAGAUCACCAACAGUGGAAUUGAGAGCGGCGUGCUGAGCAAGCUGAAAAGGUUGCUUUACUUAUUCCUUGAAGAUAACGAAUUGGAAGAGGUACCUGCUCCAUUACCGGUGGGCCUGGAACAGCUAAGACUGGCUAGAAACAAAAUCUCCAGAAUCCCAGAAGGAGUCUUCAGCAACUUGGAAAACCUUACUAUGUUAGAUCUGCACCAUAACAGUUUGUUGGACAGCGCUCUUCAAAGUGACACCUUCCAAGGACUCAACAAUCUUAUGCAACUCAACAUAGCAAAAAAUUCACUCAAGAAAAUGCCUUUGAGCCUUCCAGCUAACACACUGCAGCUGUUUUUGGAUAACAACUCCAUUGAGGUGAUACCAGAAAAUUACUUCAGUGCUAUACCCAAAGUGACUUUCCUUAGGCUGAACUACAAUAAAUUAUCUGAUGACGGUAUUCCCCCAAAUGGGUUUAAUGUUUCAUCUAUUCUAGAUCUACAGCUGUCUCACAACCAGCUCACUAAAAUUCCACCGAUCAAUGCUCACCUUGAGCACCUUCACCUUGAUCACAACAGAAUCAAAAGUGUCAAUGGCACUCAAAUAUGCCCAGUCUCAAUUGCCGUAGAAGACGACUAUGGUUUUUAUGGCAACAUCCCUCGCCUCCGAUACCUUCGCCUGGAUGGAAAUGAAAUUCAACCUCCAAUCCCACUGGAUGUCAUGAUAUGUUUCCGACUACUUCAAGCUGUUGUCAUAUAAAGAUAUUGCAGUGUCACUCUUGUGCUGUGAGAGUGUUAAGAUACAAGUUUUGCUGGAAUGAAACUUGUUCUAACUCAUAAAUCAAGAAGUAACAGCUUUAUUUUGACUAUAUUUUUCUUUGCUUGCAUCUUUUCUACAGCUGAAAAGAUUGUUCUUCUUUCAGAAGAGAGUUUGGAUGGACAUGAAACAUGUGCUUAACACUUUGCCUAAGAAUUCCUAAUGCAAAUAUAUUGAAAAUCGUCUGUGUAAGAACCCAAAUAUUCCAAAGCAAAUUCUUGUCUACUCCCUCUUUAUUGUCAAAUGCUACAAUGUCUGUCCUGUUAAUAUCAUUGCUACAGACAAAUUAUAUUUCCUUAUUUUGUUACAUAGUAGCUAACACAAUGACUUUUGGGUGCACUUGGCUAAACAUGCAUGCCAGGAAAACCAUGAAUUGCAUGAUUACUAGUUAUCAGAGCUGCCACUGUCUUUUUUAAGAUAGAGACUACUGGUGAACAACCACUUAACACGUAAAUAGCUCACAAAUUGUUGUCAGCUUUUGAAGACUGGUACUUGUAAGGCAUGAAGGAUAUGAGGCUCAGAGUCCAAAUCAAUAUACUCAAUAUAUAUUGUUGUAUGGAUUCAUUCAGUGUAUGUUUUCAGAAUGGGAAUACACCGAUCGAACUCAAAUCCAGGGAAAAAGGAAAAAGAGCUGAAAUCUUGGUCUAUCAAAGUGGCAAUUUUCUGCUGUUUCAUUCAUCGGUAUUCCAUUUCUAGUUUUGACACCAUUUCUUUAUGUAGCUUUAGGAUAGUCAUUGAAUAUUUGGUUUGUUUUAGUUUCCAUAGAGAUAAAACCAAAGAGAAUUAAGAAAUUAAGAUAUACAUCCCCUCCCAAUUAUUUACUGGACUAAACUAAUAUUUGCAUAGGAAUGGUAUCAGUUUAAGCAAAUGCAAUCAACUCGGAGCAGUAUUUAGCUAUCUGCUGACUCAUAUACAUGCACAUAAUAACACUGGAUUUUAGAGAAGUCCAGGUAUUUAGAAUACAGCACAUUCACAACUCACUAACACGGGAGAUAUCAGCAGGCAUCUUUUUAUGAAAUCUGGUUGUUGUUUUUUUUUUUUUUCCUAUUUUUAUAAGAUAAUAUUGGGAUUUCAAUACACAACUUUAAUAUUAGAGUCAACUAUUCACUGGGAGAGUAUGAAAUUUUUAUUUCUGAUAGCCAGCCCAGCAGACUAUCCAUCAAUCGUAUUAUUUUAGUCUUCUUGUUUUUGUAGAUAGAGGCAAUUAGAUGCUCUUUGAUAGCUUGCGUCUAUUUCUAACAUUUUAAGACUGGCCUUAGUAACAAGCAUUUAAAGGCUAUGCAUGUCAUAUAAUGUUUUCUUUGAAGAAGCAGCAUUUUCUUAAAAGUAGAUUUUUAAAAAGGUUGAGAACUGCAACUUCUAGCAUUCAUUCUCUUUAUAUCUGAAAAUCAGGCCUUAUUCUGCUCCAGUGCGCUUGUGGAAAUAACACAGUAUAGAAACCCAGCAUAGAAAUAACCCAUUCAGAAAUCCUAUCCCCAAAACGUUUAUUUUUGCAGUUCUUUUUAUGUGAUUGCUGAGAAACUCCUGCCCUUCUAGCAAAACGUUUUCUGUACCUCUGUGUUCAACCUGUAUGAAAAAAACACAGAUUUUAAAAGUCUCUACAAUGUGUAUGCAUG